AUGUCCAAGUCCUCGGCCUCAUCCGGGCAACCUUCCUUGACCCGUCCUCGUUUUGACCUGCUGACGGGUAGACCCAAUCCUGAGAAGCAUUCCCGGGUGCAAACUCAUCAUGAGGGUAGCGUCUCCGAUACGUCCCUCACCCGAGGUCACCGGCGGCCUGUCUCUCGCCUCCCGCGGCCUUUGGGUCGAAUCUUUAUUCCGCCGCCAGACCUUGGUCUCAGUGAGACAGAUGGCGUGAACAAGAGGGAGACGGGAACCGUCGCAGAUGCGUUCCAGUCGGGAUCCGAUGGGGAGGAGGUGAUUGCUGUUGCUGCCAAGACUGUUCGCACGAUCCAGGCCAGCUCCUCCGAGUCCUCGCCCACGGCGAUUGAGCAGUCGCAAUGGGAGCGUUAUGGUCCUAUCCUGAAGAUCUCCAAGAAUGCGAGCAAAUACCUCGAGGGUCCUGUCAAAGGAGACCAUGCCUCGUCACCGCCGACUCUACUCCGCGGCAGCAUUUCCACUCAAUCCCUGAUCCCACGCAAGCCGGUGCCGAUACAUCCUAGCUCAUCCUCUCACAAGCCAAUCAUUCGAGAGACUGCCUCUUUAGCGACACUCCCGCGCUCUUGGACGGCCAAUGCCUUUCAGCAGGGAGUUGCGGAAGUCAGCUCGAAGUCGAUUCCUUUGAGAGUCCCGGUCACGGCUACUUGGAGCGAGCAAGACCUUCCUGGUCAGAACAAGAUGACUCGUUCUCACACCAACGUGCAUUUGGGAGAGUCGCACCCCAGUUCGGUGGUCAGUUUUCGAUCACAAUUGUUCAAGGAUGGCCGGGCCAAGCUGCGUGAUUUCAGCUUCAAGGGCACAAAGCAUGGGCGUAAGAGCUUCAAAGACUCUGGAAUCAAGAUCUCCAGUCCUCUGGAAGCGACUGCGGCCGCACCCUCGGAAAUUCUAACCGUGGGGGACCGUCCUUUUGAACAGUCCGCGAUGUUAGCGCUGGAGAUCUCCCCAAUUCAGAUCCUGACAGACAUCAGUCCCGCUUCUCCGUCGCCAAAGCAAGUUCUGGAUUCGACAUUGCAGCCCACGAAAUCGGAGAUCGUUGUGCAGAUCGACAUUGCUCCUGCAUUUCCCAAUCUGGAGCCAGUCCCAAAUGAGCUGACACGGUCAGAAAGUUCAGUGGAAGCUGAGACUGCGCCGAGUUCCAUUGCUCAAAUGCCUCCUGCCUGCGAGAGACCCGCGAAUGCCUUGACUCCGUCAAUUGAAAUCUCGGAUGAGGACGAAGACGAGGACGAGGACGAAGACGAGGACGAACUUCCACUGCCUCGAUCCCUGGAAGACCUCACGCAAUGUGUCAACCGACUGGGUAAACGUCUCAUUGAUGAGCCCGACCGUGAGCAGAGAAAGAAGCUCUACGCACACCUCACUCGCCUAUCCUCAGCUCGCACCGACCUCAUGAGUUGCGAGGGAUUCAUCGAUGAGUUGAGGACUCUAAGCUCGACUAUUCGAUCUGAGAUGUCGAUGCGUCGUAUUGGCGCAACCAUUAAUGCUGCCACUUUGUAUCGCGAGGAUAGAAUCCUUCGCAGAAUCGACGCGCCGUCGGAUGAAAUUGUGAGGCAGUGGUAG